AUGGAAGACGACUCUUUAGACUGGGAAUCUCUGUUUGGUUCAGACAACGAUUCUGUCGAUUGGAAUUCAUUAUUCGGUUCAAAUGAUGAAAAAGAAGAUGACGACAGAUAUUCGACAGAUAUUCCUGGUCUUGAACUUGUACGAGAAGCACUUGACCACUCACAGCAGAUGAAGAUAAUUCAGGCUAUCCUGGAUACAAAUACAUUUUCUGACGCUGGUCGAGUAAAUCAGGCAAUGUGUUUUGGAAAACUACCACCUCAUCUCGAUUGGCUUAGUAGACACAUAAAGAAUCAAUUGCCACAUCUUUUACCUCGAGUUCUCAUGCAGCGUGAACCAGUAUUUGAUCAGGCUAUUUUGAAUCUCUAUCGUAAAGGUGAAGGUAUUGUUAGCCAUGUAGAUCUAGCACGCUUUGAAGAUGGAGUGGUUAUUCUGUCAUUAAUGUCAUCUUGUGUAAUGACAAUGCGUCCUGUUCCUAAAGUAUCACCAGCGGAUCCCAGUUUAGAGGUGGAUAUUUUACUGAAUCCUGGUGACAUUUUGGCCUUGUCUGGUCUAGCUCGCUACGAAUGGGAACAUGGAAUCAAAGAGUGUGAAUAUGAUGUUGUUCGAGGGGAAAGGAUUGAAAGAGGAACACGCAUUAGUGUGACGUUGCGUAAACUUGGGACAACAGUAGAAACACCAACAAUAGAAACAACAGCGACUAGAACUUCGAUUUGA